AUGAGUAAGCACGAAGAAUCAUUAAUUCAAGAAGCAGAAGAUGUCGACCCUUCAAUUGCAAAGCUCCCUCCCCACAAGGUCGACAAGGCUGAAUUGAAAGAAGAUUUGCAAGAGCCUUCUGCUGCCGAUGAAGAAGAAAAACCACCAGCUGUAGAUGCUAAAUUCCAAGAAGAAGAGAGAGAAGUUAGUGAAUGGAACACUGGACACGGCUUUAAAGACCCCAAAGAGUCUUUGCUUCAAGAAGCCGAAGAUUCCGAUAAGAAUAUUUCCAAGCUACCAGCACAUCAGGUUGAUAAGGCGGAAUUGAAGGAGGAGACUUCAGUGAAUCCAGACUCGGACGAAGCCGAGCAAGAAAUAGUCAAUGAUGAUAAAUUGAAAGCAGAGGAAGAGAAAGUUACGGCAUGGAAUGCAGAACAUGGAUACAAAGACAACGGGGAAUCUCUUAUUCAGGAAGCUGAAGAUGCUGAUUCUAAUAUUGCCAAAUUGCCAGCUCAUAAGGUGAACAAGGAGGAGCUUGAAGAAGAACUCGGAAAGGAAUAA